ACAUUUCGAAUCGCGGCACGUUAGCGUGCCCUUAGUCACAGCGUAAUUGAAUACGUUCAUUCGAAGAAAUGUCAUAUUUUGCCACAACCUAACCUAAAAAUGAGGGUUUACUAAUAAACGUCUGGUAACGCCUUCUUUAUCUCUGUUAAAUGCUGUUAUUAAGGAAUUUAUAAUCUAUGAUUGAAAAUGAGCACCUACGAAAUAAGCAAAUCUUCUUUGGUCAGUUUAAAAGCUGAAAUUUUAAGAAAACAACAGGAAUUAAGCAAAGUUAAAGCUGCCAAUGAUAUAAAAAUACUAAAUAUAAAGAAAAACACACCUAUAGAGUUUAAAAACAAAGGUGUCGAAGAAAGAUCAAAAAAGGACUUAACAGAGCAAGAAGAAAACCAACUAAAAAAAUCACGAUCUAUAUUGGAAGCCAAGUCAAAACUAUAUGAUCAACUUUCCAAGAAAUCAUCAGAAUUAAAUGAAGAUGAAAAAAAACUAAGAAGUCAAUUGCUGGUUAGAUUUGAUAGUAAAAAUUCUCACUUGCCUCCAGAAGAAUCAGAUAAUGAAGAUAAAUAUCCAGAAAGUGAAGAAGAAAGUUUUAAUGAAAGCUAUGAUGACCCCAAAGAUGCAUCUGAAGAAUGGGUAGAGUAUGUAGAUUGUUUAGGAAGAACGAGAACUUGUUUAAGAAAAGAUUUAAAACACAUUAAGAAAGAUGAUGAAAAUUUAAAGGAAAUUCAAAGAAAAAGAAAAGAGGUUUCACCAGUUUGGAACACUGUUAAAGAAACUAAGGAACCUUUUCUUGAAGCUACUGAAGAAGAAGAUAUUGCAUCUAUCAGUGAUGAAAAAAAGGAACUCUUAUCUGCUGAUAUGAGAAGAGAUUUUUUAAGAAAACAAUGGGAAAAGGAAGAGGAAGAAUUGAACAAUAAGACAAAUAUUCAUUAUCAAGAUAUUCUGUUUAGUGAGGCCAGAACACAUGGUGUUGGGUACUAUGGGUUUUCAAAGGAUGAAGUUGAAAGAGCUACCCAACAAGAGGCAUUAAAAAAGUUAAGAAAAGAGACAGAGGAACAACAAAAGAAAAUGCAAGAUUUAAAAGCACAAAGGAAAAAACAAUUAGCUGCUAGGAUCAAGGCUGCCAAAAAUAGGAAAAGAGCAAGAAUGGGGCUUGCCCCAGAAGAAGAAUCUGAGACUUCAGUUGAGGAAAACAAAUCUGAAGAAAAACCUGAAAAAUUACCUGAAAAAAACGAAAAAGAUGAAUUAUUGGAAGAAGCAAGAAAAAACCAUAUUCGACCAUGGGACAUUGGUAAAGAAGCUUUAAAGGAACAUUAUGUUUACAGUCAAGGAGAAUGGGUGGAUAAAAAGAGAAGUGAAAGACCCAAAGAAUUUGCACCUCCAUCAUCUUACAGAAAAAAUUUCAGAAGCAAUGUUGAGGAGGAUUCAUUUAGAGAAGAAAAAAAAUCUCUGAAAUUCUCUUCUAGAAAAGAUAAUUAUACCAGAAACUAUGAAGAAGUAGAACAAAGUAAACCCAUGGAUCCUACACCAAUCAAAGAUGAAUGUGAGGAUGGUAAAGACAGACUUUUAGCAGAUUAUCAUAAAAUAAAUGACAAAUAUAGCUCCAAUGGAAGUAAUAAAGAUAGUUCUAAAUAUAGCUCAUCAGAUUCUGAUAGUGACAAUGAAAUUAGAGGAAAAGGUGCAGAAUUCGCCCCACCUCCUACUUUUGAUUAUUAUGGACCAAGUUCAAGUAAAAAAUACAAACCCACAAAAUCCAACAAUGUUGAAGAUUCUAUUGAAGCAGGACUUAAAUUUUUACGACACCAAGUGGAGAAAAAAGGCAGCGGCAAACAUGAUAAAGAUAUGUUUUUAUUUUAGAAAUGUUUGUAAAAAUAUACAAUUUAAAACUCA